AUAUAUCUAUCUAUAUCUUAUCCAUCAAAAGUUUAGAAGAAGAAGAAGAAAUGCUCCUCCACCAUCACAUCCUACCACUCCGGCUGCCGAGCAGCCGCAAACGGGCAGCGACAACGGGAAGCUUCUCGUUGUCGGACGAGUCGCUUUCCUCCCGCGGGUUCACGUUCCACCGCAGCGCAGAGAAUCUGAACCUUGAGCAGCUGAACUCAGUGUUCGCAGCGGUGGGAUUCCCGCGUCGCGACCCGGAAAAGAUCCGGGUGGCGCUGGAGCACACGGAGCCGCUGGUGUGGGUGGAGUACGAGAAGACGAAGAGGCCGGUGGCGUUCGCGAGAGCGACGGGCGACGGCGUGUUCAACGCGAUCAUAUGGGACGUGGUGGUGGACCCCAGCUUCCAAGGCUUCGGCCUCGGGAAGGCUGUGAUGGAGAGGAUCCUCACAGCCCUGUUAGACAAGGGUAUUACCAACAUCGCCUUGUAUUCGGAGCCUCGGGUUCUCGGGUUCUACCGCCCGCUCGGGUUUGUUGCCGACCCGGAUGGCAUCCGUGGAAUGGUCUACUCUAGGAAGAACAAAUCAAAAACUUAAUUAUUAUGAAAUCAAUUCUUCAUUCAUACCAACCUACAGCCUUUUCCUUUAUUGAAUUUGUAAAGAAAUACUUAGAAUAAAAUUUGUUAUGUAAUAUUAGGAUAAUGUUAUUUAUUUGAAUUUUAUUUUAAAAAUAGAAAAUAUAUUUGUUAAAAAUUUUA